AUGGCAUCUCGAGUCUCGCCGCUCAUGACGCUUUUGGCGACCAUUUUCCUCUUUGCCACAAAUGUAUUUGCAGUUUCCGCCGUAUUGGGUGUAGACCUUGGUACCGAGUACAUCAAGGCCACUCUAGUCAAGCCCGGUAUCCCUCUCGAAAUUGUCCUGACCAAGGACUCACGACGAAAGGAGACCUCCGCCGUUGUCUUCAAGCCUUCCAGGAAUGGACCCCAGAAGGGCGAAUACCCCGAGAGGGCCUACGGCGCCGACGCCAUGGCUCUCGCCUCUCGAUUCCCUAGCGACGUCUACCCGAACCUCAAGACCAUCCUUGGCCUGACCACUAAAGAUUCUGUGGUGCAAGAGUACGCUGCCCGACACCCCGCGCUGCAAUUGCAGUCCCACCCCACACGAGGCACAGUCGCGUUCAAGAGCAGCGCUUUCACAGAUGAGGAAGAGGCCUGGAUGGUUGAGGAACUCCUCGCCAUGCAGCUACAGAGCGUCCAGAAGAAUGCAGAGGUGACUGCUGGCGAUGGAACCAUUGUCCGCUCCAUUGUCCUCACAGUUCCAACUUUCUACACCAUCGAUGAGAAGCGGGCUAUCCAGACCGCAGCUGAACUUGCUGGUCUGAAGGUUCUGGGAAUUCUCAGCGAUGGUCUCGCUGUCGGUCUGAACUACGCUACUACUCGAGAGUUCCCCAACGUCAGCAACGGCUCCAAGCCUGAGCACAACAUCAUCUUUGACAUGGGUGCCGGUUCCACCAAGGCUACUGUUGUGAAGUUUCAGGGCCGAACAAUUAAGGAUAUCGGCAAGUUCAACAAGACUGUUCAGGAGGUUCAGGUUCUUGGUGCUGGAUGGGAUCGCACUCUUGGUGGUGACUCUUUGAACAACCUCAUCUUGGACGACAUGGUGAAGCAAUUCGUCGAGUCAAAGGCUGCUCAGAAGGCUUCCGUUGCCGCUGAGAGUGUCAAGGCCCACGGCCGCGCCAUUGCGAAGCUUACCAACCAAGUCUCAAAGGUUCGCCACGUCUUGAGUGCCAACCAGAACACCGGAUCCAGCUUUGAGGGUCUUUACGAGGAUAUUGACUUCAGAUAUAAGAUCACCCGUACUGAAUUUGAGGAGAUGGCUGCUGAGCACGCCGAGAGAAUCACUGUUGUGAUCAACAAUGCCCUUAAGGCCGCUAACCUCGACAUCGUUGACAUCGACUCUAUUAUUCUCCAUGGUGGUGUUUCUCGCACUCCUUUUGUCCAGAAGGUCCUCGAGAAGCUCUCUGGUUCUCCUGAGAAGAUUCGAUCCAACGUCAACUCUGAUGAGGCUGCCGUUUUCGGUGCCGGCUUCCGCGCUGCUGAGCUUAGCCCCAGCUUCCGUGUCAAGGAGAUUCGCAUCUCUGAGGGCGGAUUUUACUCAUCCGGUGUGAAGUGGGAGUCUAAAGAAGGCAAAACCCAUCACCAGCGACUUUGGUCUGCCGCUUCCACUCAAGGAGCUGCCCCUAAGGAGCUCACAUUCACUGAUGGCGAGGAUUUUACCGCUACCUUCUACCAGCAGAUCGGCUCUGAUGAGAGGGACGUCAAGACCAUCACUACUAAGAACUUGACUGCUACCAUCACUGCGAUCAAGCAAAAGUACCCAUCAUGCGUUGAGUCCGAGAUCCACUUCAAGCUCGGUGUCAAGCUCAGUAGUGAGAAUGGCGAGGUUGAAAUUGCCAAGGCUGCUGUUGAGUGCGAGGCUGAAGUCAAGGAGGGCCUUGUGGACGGAGUGAAGAACCUAUUUGGCUUUGGAAAGAAGGACCAGAAGCCCCUGAAGGAGGGGGCUGAGGGAUCUGAGGAAGAGUUGAAAGAUGACAAGUCAUCUGAAUCCGCCGCUUCUUCUGAAUCUUCUACUGCUUCUGGAGCUGAUUCGGCUGCUUCUGGAAGCACUGAGGAGAUCAAGCCUGAUGUCAAGAAGCGAGAGACUGUGGGCAUUCCUGUUGAGAUCACCGUGGAGAGCCUCGGUGUCCCUAGCCUUACCCCAGCAGAGACCUCCAAGUCCAAGGAUCGCCUCAAAGCCUUUGCUGCUUCUGACAAGGCGCGACUACAGCGUGAGGAGGCUCUCAACCAGCUUGAGGCAUUCACAUAUAAGAUUAGAGAUCUCCUUGAGGGUGAAGGCUUCAUUGCCGCCUCUACUGAGAAGGAGAGGACUAAGUUGGCCGAUCUUUCCAGCAAGACAAGUGACUGGCUCUACGCUGAUGGCGCAGAGGCUACCAAGGAUGUUCUCAAGUCCAAGCUCAAGGUUCUCAAGGACCUCGUCGCACCUAUUCAAAAGAGGGUCGACGAGACCGAGAAGCGCCCCGAGCUUACUACUUCAUUGAAGGAGACUUUGGAAAGGACUUCCGAGUUCGUCAAGAAGAUCAAGGAACAGAUCGCAGAGCACGAGAGUUGGCACAAGGCUGCCUCUGAGUCGGCAUCUGCAUCAUCUGAGUCUUCCAGCACAGAGGUUGCGGGAGAGAAGGCUACUGGCGACUUUGACGGACUUGAGGACGACGACUCUGCGGCCGCCACAGCCCGCAAGAUGGAGGAUGUCAUCAAGGAGAAGGGGCCUAUCCCUCCUCUGUACACAAUUGAGGAUCUCAAGGAGGUCAUCGAUCUCCACAAGUCAACUCAGGACUGGUUGAACGAGCUUGAGCCUAAGCAGGCCAAGCUAGCUGCCACCGCCAACCCCGUGCUCCUCGUCAAGGACCUCAAGGCUAAGCGUGACAAGCUCGAGAAAAUUAGCAUUGAUGUUGCCCUCAAGGGCGCUAGAAAGGUUGAGGAGAAGAACCGACAGGCCAAGAAGGCUGCCAAGGAGGCUAAGAAGAGCAAGGGCAAGAAGAGCAAGACAACAAGCGGAGAGCCAUCUCAGGAGACAGUUGAGCUCAACACGGAGGACUUCAUGAAGGAUGGUGAGAUCGACCAAGAGCAGCUCGAGAAGCUGAUCAACAAAAUGAAGGCGGAGAAUGCAAAGAAGGCCGGUGGAGAAAAGAAGGAGACUCAUGACGAACUAUAG